AGGGCGUGGUGUGGCUCACCCUGCAUGACUGUCCCGCCCGUACUGGCGAUUUGGGCAUACCUCUAGCGCCAGCCACCCUGUACAGGACAGUAUUACUACAAGCAUGGAUGUCCUUGCACGCUUGUCAGGCCCUCUCCUAUGUAACAGAGCGGCUUGCAACCUCAGGACUUCGACCCUGUGUCGCGUCAGAAUGACUUCGAGGUUUCCCACACCGGCGGAGAUACUAUCUUUUCCUACGCCCAAUUAUGUCAAUCCCCACACCCUGCGACCGUUGGCCAUUGGCAUUAUUACGCCCGUAACGACAUUAGUCGUCAUCUUCAUCUCAUGUCGCUUCUACAGUCGCACAGUGUUGACGAAAACGCUUGGCUGGGACGAUGGCAUCAUGCUUCUUGCAGCUAUUAUCUCGGUCGGGAACAAUAUUAUGGUUAUUGCUUCGAUGUUCCCACAAUAUCGAAUGGGCUAUCAUCUCUGGGAUGUCCCGCCGCAAAUAUUAUUUGGUACCUUGAAAUCUGCUCAGAUGGGAAUGGCCUCGCAACUGCUUUUCACGGUACUCAUAACCCUCAUGAAAACUGCCAUACUCUUAACAUAUCUGCGUAUCUUUCCUUCGCGACUGAACAAACACUUCUGCUACAUCAUGCUGUUCUACACGAUCUCGCUGAAUACAGCCUGCUUCUUUGUCACCCUGUUCCAAUGCGCACCAGUCAGCACCUACUGGAACAUCUUUAAAUAUAUGGGUCGGGCCAAGUGCUUGAACAUCAAGGCAAUCUACUACUUCCAUUCAGGACAGAACACUCUCAGCGACUUUCUCAUCUUCCUGUGGCCAGCCAGGGACCUUCUAAGCGUCAGGGCGUCACUCCGUCAGCGCGUCACUUUAACAUGCAUGUUCUCUCUAGGUGUUGUAGUAUGUGGAGCGGGAGUCGCCCGUGUCUACUACACUCACAUGUACCUGAACUCGUACGAUGUGUUCUGGCAGGGUGCUAAGACCUUCAUCAUCAUGUGUGUUGAAGGUGGGAUCGGCAUUGUAUGUGGCUGCCUACCAGGGUGCAAGCCACUGAUGAACAAACUGUUCCCUCGCUAUUUUGAAGCCACAAACAACGGUUCACAAAGCUACCCGCGCCGGUGGCAGCCCAAUUACUCGAAGCAAACUGAUGACGAGGAGUCCACCUUACCCACAGAAUCACUCAGAAGCGACUCAAUGCGGAUGACCAACUUGAAAAACACCGAUGUUAGCAUCACUUCGCAACCAACAACCCUCCAGCGGUCCUCAUCGAAACAAACCCAAAAGUCCGUAGUCCCAACCUUGAGUCCGCGAAUUUCAACCUUGAGUCGUUCGACUUCCCUCACAACCACGCGCACUGCCAACGCGCGCACACCGAAUCACCACCGCUCACCAUCGCAUGCCACACAAAACACUUUUACGACUACAAUCACAGCUCAGCCGCACCUUCCACGCUCGACAUCACGUCACAGCUCCAGAUGGGGUAGCACGGACAUGAACAAGCCGCUGCCAAUGCGCCCGGCACCACCUGCCAUCGCGGCACGAGGACCGAGCGGAAGCGGUUUCCGGAGAAGCCGGAACACUUCAAGGGAGCUUAGCGCGAUUAGUAACGCGAGCACAGAGAUGUUCAUCCUGCAGGGAGAAGAUGGUGGGCCAGGGAAACAGUCGCCAGAGCGGAAGAAUGAAAUAUGGAUGGGAUAGCUUCACCAAAAGUAUCAAUCGAUUCAUUGCGUUUAUAACAGUGCCUGACGCCAGGCAUACGAUUUACUGGUAUUGUACAGGCCCACCGCUUGUCGACCGCGCCUUCACUCAACACAGAGAC